AUGGCCACCGACUCGGACAAGAAGCCGCUGCCGGCAUUCGACAUUGUGUCGACAUAUCGCCGGAUCCUCAAUGACGACCCCGAGCUCACCAUGCCCGUCGCAGCCAUCGAGGCACUCGUCGAAGCCAUUGCCCAGAGCUCCGUGUCGACCGUCGCCGAGACACUGGACCUGCUCGAACGCCACACGGCUGCGCUGAAGGCCUCGAUAGCCAACCCCAUCUCGCUCUCUGCCGGCACGGACCUCUUCCAACGCUACCUCAUCACCACCCUUAACCGCCCCGCGAGCCUGAACCUGGGCCCCGACGACGAUUUCCGCGCGAUUCGCAACCACCUUCUCUCCAACGGCAAGCUCUUUGUUGAACGCGCCAAGCAGAGCAGGGAGAAGAUUGCGAGCUUCGGCAAGCACUUCAUCCGCGAUGGCGCCGUCGUGCUCACAAACGGCGGCUCCAGAGUCGUGGGCGCCCUGCUGAGGAGGGCCGCCGAGUCGAGCACCAUUCGCUUCAAGGUCAUCUACGUGCUCCCUCCGUCCAGCUCCUCCGACUCCAACGAAGGCCACCAGACUGUCGCCGACUUGCGCGCUCACAACGUCCCCGUUGCCGCCAUCAACGACUCGGCAGUCGCAUACUCGUUGGGCAAGGUCGACAUGGUUAUUGUGGGCGCAGAGGGAGUCGUCGAGAACGGCGGCAUCAUCUCGCGCAUGGGCACAUAUCAGAUGGGUCUGCUGGCCAAGAGUAAGGGGAAGCCUUUCUACGUGGUUGCUGAGAGCCACAAGUUCGUCAGACUGUACCCCUUGAGCCAGUUCGACCUGCCCAUCGAGCAAAAAGUGCUCGACUUCAAGGUCACAGAUGAUGCCAAGGCUAAGACUAAGAGUGGAGAACAGAAGGAUGCUGUGGAUGAGGGUAUUGCGGACAUGAACACAAAGCCCAAAAAGUGCUUAGGGCUCGAGGCUCAUGAUGCAGUAGACUUUACGCCUCCCGAUCUGAUCUCAGGUAUCAUCACCGAGUCUGGCGUUCUCACCCCUUCUGCCGUGUCGGAAGAGCUGAUCAAGAUUUGGUUCUGA